GUUCUGGAGGAGGAGAUACGUGUAGCCUGGCUUUAGCUGGCUUAGCAUUAGCAACACAUAGCUUGGCGGAGGCGCAACAAGCACCCCGAACGCCGAAAUAAGUACUAAAUCUUCAUUUCCCCCCCUCUUGGAAUUGGUGAAACUUGUUUAUGGGUUUAUAUCCCUGGACUAACAGUAGUACCCGACGCAGCCCAAAGGAUACGGUGAUGGCGUGGUCAUGUGUGCAGCCAGCACUGUGUGUGUGGAGAUGGUUUUAACAGACGCUGUUCUGGAGGACUCAGGAACACUGCACUGGCCUGGAGAAGCCUCAUAAACAAACACACGCGUACACAACACACACACACAUACACACCUGUACACAAGAAGAAGAGUUACACACACACACACACACACACACACGCCACCGCCGUGCCUUGAGAAAGGACACAGGUGCACGGACACGUAACGCAAGCUUCAGCUGAAGCACACGCGCACACACACACACAUUGACACCCAGUGUGUCUGUUAGCUUUCAAACAUCACUGGUGUUUAGCGCCUCUCCUGCGUGAGAGUGCACAUUGUAUUUCUUCCUGUCUGUCUCCAUCUCCACCGCCACCAUGCCAAGCUCCACCAUCCGCCGGCAGAUGAAGAACAUGGUGAACAACUACUCUGACGCAGAGAAGAAGGUCAGAGAGGCCACUUCCAACGACCCCUGGGGCCCAUCGUCGUCCCUCAUGUCCGAGAUCGCCGACCUCACCUACAACGUGGUGGCCUUCAGCGAGAUCAUGAGCAUGAUCUGGAAAAGGCUCAACGACCACGGCAAGAACUGGCGCCACGUCUACAAGGCGCUCACCCUGCUCGACUACCUGAUCAAGACGGGCUCAGAGCGAGUGGCGCUGCAAUGCAAAGAAAACAUCUUCGCCAUCCAGACUCUGAAGGACUUCCAGUACAUUGACAGAGACGGCAAAGACCAGGGCAUCAACGUGAGGGAGAAGAGCAAGCAGCUAGUGGUCCUACUGAAAGACGAGGAACGCCUCAAAGGAGAGAGGUCUCAAGCUUUGAAGACCAAAGAGCGUAUGGCCCAGGUGUCCACAGGGAGCAGUCAGAUGGGUUUUGGCCGAGGCUCAUCUCAGCCCAACCUCUCCACUUCCUACAGCGAAGAGUACGGCAGAUCAGAGGGCUCACCUGCCUCCUACCAUGGCUCCACGUCUCCCAACGCCGGAUCAGAACUAGAGCAGGCCAGACCUCAGACCAGCGGAGAGGAGGAGCUACAGCUGCAACUGGCUCUGGCCAUGAGCAGAGAGGCUGCAGAACAGGGGGCCGGGGCCAGGACCGGGGCCGGGGCUGUGGCUGGGGCUGUGGCUGGGGCUGGGGCAGCUGCUGUAUCAGAGGACCCAUGGCACCCUUAUGGGUCUGCCCCUAAGACAGCAGCCCCAGUGGACCCAUGGGGCGCUCCUCCUUCUGUCCCUCCCAUGAAGAGCAGUGAUCCCUGGGCAUCAAACUCCACUCCCGCCUCUGACCCCUGGAGCUCUGCAGCUGCCCACCCCAAAACUUCCAACGCAGUUUCAGGUAGCUUUGACCUUUUCAAUGCAUCCAACGGUACGUCCAAAGAGGACUUCUCAGAGUUUGACAGCCUGCGUUCUUCCUCCUCUGUCCCCACUGGUGAUAUGGGCGUAGCAUCCUCUAUCCCCUCCCAAGCCAGUCUCGCUAGCAGCAGCAGCCUGGACCUCUUCGACCCCCUGCCCACCUCCAUGUCUACUUCCUCAAACCCAACUAGAAAGACUCCAGAGUCCUUCCUGGGUCCAAAUGCUGCCCUGGUCAACCUGGACUCUCUGGUGACCAAACCAGCCCAGCCUGCGCCGAUCGUCAACCCAUUCUUAGCUUCAACAGGCGGCGUCACUGUUCCAGCUCCAGCAGCCCACGCCAACCCCUUCCAAGUGAGCCAGCCAGCCCCCCCCACCCUCAACCAGAUGCGAGUCAGCCCCAUGCCCGCCGGCUUCGGCGGCAUGCCCGAGCCCAUGGCCCUCGCCUCCGUGCCCGCUCAGCCCAUCACCAUGGUCCCCCUGGCAGGGAUGGCCCCCAUGGGCCGCGUGAUGCCCGGAAUGGGGGUCGGCGCUGUCGGGGGUGUGGGGACGAACGUGGGGAUCCCGGCCUCCAUGUCCAUGCCCCAGCCCCUGAUGAGCAUGCCACCCCAGGCUGGGACACAGCCCACCGGAACCACCAACCCCUUCCUUUUGUGAGGGAGUGACUGGGGGACGACUUGCCCCAGAGUUACCCCCCCCCCCUCCUCUCUCUUCCUCUCUCUUCCACUUUGGCUCCUUAAGAAGCUUCAAAAUGAACAAGGAGAUGUCUUAUCCCAUUUAUCCCUUUUAUAACCAACUGGUAGCCAGGUCCUAGUCCCAGCCUGGCCUCCUCCUACCUUAACACACUCCUUUCCUCCUGUCUCUUUCUCUCAGUGCUACAAGCUGCCUAGUCCUGUGUGUUUCCAUACCGAUCUGACGAUGAUGUUGAUGACCACAAAGAGUUUGCGUCUUGUCUACAGACUUACAGAGUAGCAGUGGUGUUUACAGUUUUUUCCACAGGCAGGACGGGAACCACUCUCCUCCCUGUCCUCCUCUCAUUCACUCGCCUCCCCUCCCUUACCUCUUCCCCUAGGAUUGCUCCUUUCUUCUUCUGUGGUGGAGUGACUGUACUAACACCAGGAUCUUUAUCUCUUCACUAGAGCUAAUCUUUUAUAAGCCCUGUCAGUUGGUGUGUGUGUGCGCGUGUGA